AUGGAAGAGGCUAAAAACGCUGUGCAUAUUGAAGAGCAGGAGAAGAACCCCAUAUUGCUCCUUCUCUCGAACCUUAAACUUCCCUUCCCUCUGAAGAAAAAUAAUGGUGGCAGCGGCGGCGCCUCCUUGGAGCAAGGCGCCGCUUCUUCUCAAACCGAGGGGCCGACCAUGGCCGAGGUGGAAAACGAGAGAGAUAUGCCCGCUACUGUCACUUUCCCCAGAAGGUUUACUCAUGUGAAGCUGGAGGUCGAGACUGAGGUAUCCGACCAGAGUACUAAUCCCCUAUUUCUUUGGCAGGUAUACGCUAUAGGGGGGUUUUACGUUUUGAGGUGGGCAUGGAUGAGAUGGAAUGAAGGAAAGGGACAGAAAAAGUCAGAUAACAAUCCUCCACCAGCCGAUGAUUAA